AUGGAGGAGCAACCCGGGGGUCGCGCGCUGCCUUGGCUGCCCGCCGCCAGGACAUGCGUGAGGCGCUGGGAGGGCAGGCAAGGGCGGCGUGGAGGUACAGCAAUGGCCUGUGUCCGCGACAACGGCGCUUCCACGCCAUGUGCGAGAACGGUUAUACAAACUAAUUUUAUUAGGUUUAUACAAACUAGAUCUACAGGUGAUAAAGAUUAUGAAACAGACUUUAUAUGUUUUUGUAAUAAGCCGCAAGCCAGGUUGGGCGUAGCCGGCGCCGGCGCGUCGCAGGCCGUGGCGUCGGGCGUCUUCCAGAUCAACACCGCGGUCGCCACGUUCCAGCGCCUCGUCAACACGCUCGGCACGCCCAAGGACACCCCGGACCUCCGCGACAGGAUGUGCGUCCGCCGCCCCGCCUACCUGAGACAUAAAACACGGCAACACAUAACACAACUAGUGAAGGAUACAUCAGACAAGCUUAAACAAGCUAGCGAGGCGGAUCAUCGCGUUGAAGUCAGCGCUACCAAGAAGAUUGCUGAUGCAAAGCUAGCUAAAGAUUUCCAAGCAGUCCUAAAAGAAUUCCAGAAAGCUCAGCGAUUAGCAGUAGAGAGAGAAGCUGCAUAUGCACCUUUUAUUUCUCAAGCUGGCCUGCCACAGAGCUACAACUCAAGUGAAGUGAAUAAUGGCGCUGAUAAGUUGGCAGAGCAGCGCACGCAGCUUCUAGAAUCUAGAAGGCAGGAGUUGGUCUUCUUGGAUAAUGAAAUUGUGUUCAAUGAGGCCAUCAUUGAGGAGAGGGAUCAGGGAAUACAAGAGAUUCAGCACCAAAUCACUGAAGUAAACGAAAUCUUCAAAGAUCUUGCUGUGCUAGUCCAUGAUCAAGGAGCAAUGAUAGAUGACAUUGACUCCCAUAUAGAGAAUGCCGUUGUAGCGACAUCACAGGCUAAAGGCCAGCUUUCAAAAGCUGCUAAAACUCAGAAGUCAAACUCUUCGCUGCCAGGAAUGAAUCCUGGUAUCCGCCCGGAGGUAUCCAGGCGGUGA